AGUCUGCUAUGUCCGUCCUGCAAAACCUCCCCCCGCUGUUAGUACGUCGUGCAAAUCGAUGUGAUUGAAGGGUUUCGAAAAUAAAUUGUGUUUAAGGAAAAAGAAGGUUGUAUUGGAUCCAAAAUGCCGGCGGGGAAAAGCUACCGCAGGAGGAGAGACGAGGAGUCGGAUGAGGAGGAUGAGCAGAGGGUGGUGGAGGUCAGGUCAAAACUAGACGAAUUGAAGGAAAUCCAGAGUCUGAGGAGAAGGCAAAAUGGAGUGAGUGCUGCUGCCCUGCUGGUUGGGGAACAAGCACCAGAAGAAACAUCAACUGUGGACGACCCUUUUAAACUGAAGACUGGUGGUAUGAUUGAUAUGAAGAUGAUAAAGGAUAAAAAGCGGGAAAGGGUUGAAGAAGAGGACACAGAUUUAAACCUGGGCACAUCAUUUUCAGUGGAGACCAAUCGACGGGAUGAGGAUGCUGACAUGAUGAAGUACAUCGAGACGGAACUAAAACGGAGGAAGGGAAUCCUGGAGAAUGAAGAACAGAAGGCAAAGGUCAAAAACCCAGAGGACCAACUGUAUGAGUUGCCUGAUAACAUCAACGUUUCAUCUGCCAAGCGCACAGAAGAAAUGCUAUCCAAUCAGAUGCUGAGUGGAAUUCCUGAAGUGGAUUUGGGUAUUGAUGCAAAAAUAAAGAACAUUAUCAGCACAGAAGAGGCAAAGGCCCAGCUCCUGGCAGAACAACGUAACAAAAAGAAGGACAACGGUACUUCUUUCGUACCCACCAACAUUGCAGUCAAUUAUGUUCAACACAACCGGUUUUACCGGGAGGAAUUGCACGCGCCUGCAAAACGCAAUAAAGAGGAAGCCAAACCUCGGCCCUUGAGAGUGGGAGACACUGACAAACCAGAGCCUGAACCAUCUCCUCCAAAUCGUAAACGUCCUUCCAAUGAAAAGGCGACAGAUGAUUACCAUUAUGAAAAGUUCAAGAAAAUGAGCAGAAGGUACUGAGGGGGCUGCCCAAUAUUCUGUUUCUUUUUAAAUUGACAACAGUACCCGCGUCCUCUACUGAUGUGGAAAUGAGACUGAUGAGUUUAAAACUGUUUGUGGGCAAGAACUUAGCAGUGCUUCGACUUUCAGGUCUGAACCAACGUCAUUGUUUUUCUAAAGUUAAGCUACAGAAGAAAUGAAAACCUAUAGCACGUUGUGGUACAAAAAAGAUACUAGUGUAAGAGGGAACAACUUCAGUCAUUUGUGAAUUUAUCUUGGCUGUCCCACUCUGGUUCAUAUUCAUUUCUACUUCUGAAUCCUGUAAAAAGCUCAAUUGGAAGAAUAUACAGUGGUCAAUGAGCAUUUUAAAAGGCCGUUGUCACCUUCCAUUUGUAAGUCUUCCAGUGACAGCACUUUUAAAAACUGGAUUACAGUAGUUGUAAUGUAUAUUGACACAUUGCAGCUCCAAUCCUAAAUUCACUCAUUCAUCUUCAAAACUGCUGAAUAAGAUAUUUUGAUCUGUUAACUCGCUAUGUGUCACAGAUUGAAUCUU